AUGAUUAUUGGUAACCUCUACGCUAUUGCGGCCAUCGCCGUCAUCGGUGGUGGCCUGUUCGGUUUCGAUAUCUCGUCGAUGUCCGCCAUCAUCACCAGCAAGUCCUAUCUCCGUUACUUCCACCAAGGGCCUUUGGAAUACAUAGAUGGUGAGCCGCAGUGGAAGGGUCCCAGUGCCGAUGUCCAGGGUGGUAUCACUGCCUCCAUGGCCGCUGGUUCCUGGCUGGGUGCUCUGAUCUCGGGUUUUGUCUCCGAUAUCUUUGGUCGAAAGCGAUCUAUCAUGCUCGGUUCGAUUAUUUGGUGCAUUGGUUCUGUCAUUGUCUGUGCCGCUCAGAAUAUUCCCAUGUUGAUUGUCGGUCGUAUCAUCAACGGUAUCGCCGUUGGUAUCUGCUCGGCUCAGGUUCCUGUCUACAUUACUGAAUUGGCCCCUCCUACCAAGCGUGGUCGUUUGGUCGGUAUGCAACAAUGGGCGAUUACCUGGGGUAUCAUGAUCAUGUUCUAUAUCUCGUACGGAUGCACCUACAUUCAAGGCACUGCCUCUUUCCGAAUUCCCUGGGGUCUUCAGAUGAUCCCUGCCAUUCUGCUCUUCCUCGGAAUGAUUGUUCUGCCCGAGUCGCCCCGUUGGUUGGCUCGCAAGGACCGCUGGGAAGAGUGCCACGCCGUCCUGACCCUGGUCCACGGAAAGGGCGACCCCAACGCCGCCUUCGUGCAACUCGAGUACGAGGAGAUUAAGAGCAUGUGCGAGUUCGAGCGCCGCAACGCCGACGUCAGCUACUUGGAGCUUUUCAAGCCCGCGAUGAUCAACCGCACCCACGUCGGCAUCUUCACGCAGAUCUGGUCUCAGAUGACCGGUAUGAACGUCAUGAUGUACUACAUCACCUACGUCUUCGCCAUGGCCGGUCUCGAGGGCAACAACCUCCUCGUCUCCUCCAGUAUUCAGUAUGUCAUUAACGUCGUCAUGACCGUCCCCGCCCUUAUCUGGGGUGACCGCUGGGGUCGCCGUAACACCUUCAUGAUCGGUUCCAUCUUCAUGUUGAUCUGGAUGUACGCCAACGCCGGUCUCAUGGCCUCGUACGGUCACGCUGCUCCUGCCGGCGGUCUCGACGGCAUCGAAGCCCAGUCGUGGAUCAUUCGCGGCGCCCCCAGUAAGGCCGUCAUCGCCUGCACCUACCUCUUCGUCGCCAGUUACGCCAUCUCCUGGGGUCCUGCCUCGUGGGCCUACCCGCCCGAGCUGUUCCCUCUGCGCGUCCGUAGCAAGGCUAACUCGCUCUGCACUUCCUCCAAUUGGGCCUUCAACUUCGCCCUCAGCUACUUCGUGCCCCCUGCUUUCGUCAACAUCCAGUGGAAGGUCUACGUCCUGUUCGGUGUCUUCUGUACUGCUAUGACCAUUCACGUCUUCUUCAUGUUCCCCGAGACCUCGGGUAAGACCCUCGAGGACGUCGAGGCCAUCUUCACCGACCCCACUGGUAUUCCGUACAUCGGUAAGCCCGCAUGGAAGACCAAGAACGAGUUCUCCCGUGGCGCGGUCAUCGAGGAGGUUGGUGAUGAUGAGAAGCGUGUCGGCAGUGUUGCCGUGCAUGCCGAGACUGCUGAGAAGGUCUAA